AUGUCCAGCCGGGAGUGGACACGAGGGGGUUCCAUCUCCAUCCGGGGGGCCCACGGGGUGCGGCGGCGGCCGGGGCGCGGCGGCGCGGGGCCGGCAGGGGGCGCGGUGGCGGCCGGCGGCGCCGGGCGCUCCAGUGGCGCAAUCGGUCAGCGCGCGGUACUUAUAGGGCGGUACACGAGCGAUGCCGAGGUUGUGACCCCGUGCAGCCCCGCCACCCCCUGCGCCCACGGGCACUUCUGUGACGAGCACUUCGGGCUGUGCCUGCCCACGCGGCCCGCGGGCCACUACUGCCGCCACGACCCUCACUGCGCCCCCGGGCUCGUCUGCAUGUUCGGCAAGUGCCAGCAGCCCGUGCCCCCCGGGCAGGACGGAGCGCGGUGCCAGCGGGACGAGGAGUGCGGGCCCGGCGGCUGCUGCGCUCGCCAGCACGGGGAGCGGGUUUGCCAGCGGCGCCUGGCGCUGGCCCAGAGCUGCCACGUCCCCCCCGGGGGUCUCGCCUUCAGCAUCAACCAGGUGUGCCCCUGCCAGGCCGGGCUGGUGUGCCGGCCCUCGGUGCCCUCCAGAGAGAAAGCGUUCGAGUACCGGCCGGAGAAGAGCGAGUGGCGGUGCCGGCGGCCCUGA